AUGACUAAAGUCUAUUUCAAUGAACCCGGCAAUGUCAAUCUGGAUUCCUGGGUUGCCAACAAACCCAGGAAUCACAUGCUAAAAGUUCUCUGGGGUAGUCCAGAAAGGUUCACAGGUAGAGGAUACAAUUUGGAGGUGAACAUAAUGAAUCAGACCACAAUUGUAACAUUUUACAUGACGGGGUUAACUUCAGACCCCUUGAGUCAAAUAUUACUGUUUGCACUAUUUUUGGUCAUUUAUCUCUGUUCCUUUGUGUGCAACCUUUGCAUGAUGCUCUUAAUAAGGAUGACGCACCAUCUUCAUUCACCCAUGUAUUUUUUCCUAAGCAAUUUAUCUCUUAUAGACUUAUGUUUUUCUUCAAGUAUUAUACCUAGGAUGUUGGCAGAUUUUAUUUCCAAGACAAAGCCCAUUGCUUCCAUUGCAUGUGCCACUCAAAUGUUUUGUUUUUCUCUCUUUGCAGCCUCUGAGAGUUUGUUGGUAUCAGCAAUGGCAUACGACCGUUAUGUAGCAAUAUGUCGACCCUUGGUCUAUCACAGUAUUAUGGUCAAGACCAUGUGUUGGGGUUUAACACUAGGAGCUUAUGUCUGUAGUUUUCUUGCAUCUAUUACUAUUACUUUACUAGUAUUUCCUCUCUGUGGCUCUAACACAGUCAUCAAUCAUUUUUAUUGUGAUAUCCCGCCUCUUCUGAAACUCACCUGUGGCCACUCUCAAAUCAGAAAAUAUGUCGUCAUUGUGUUGACCCGUGCAAUAGGAAGUGCUUGUUUUCUUGUAAUAUUGUUUUCUUAUGUAUAUAUAGUACAUACCAUUCUAGGAAUUCACUCAAAAAAUGGCAGAACCAAAGCAUUUUCAACCUGCGCGUCCCACCUGGCAGUAGUUGUCACCUUCUACACCACCUCACUUGGGAAUUAUUUCAGACCAGAGACGGGUUUAAAUGCAGAUAAUAUUGGCAAGGUCUUCUCUAUUUUUUACACAGUGACUCCCCCAUUAUUAAACCCUCUGAUAUACAGCUUUAAAAAUACCGAAGUCAAAAGUGCAGUGUUAAAAUUUUUUCUUCUAGGUCAGAUUCAAAAACAUUCUUAA